GAUUGAAGUCACAACUCUGAAUUCAUCUUUACACCUGAGAGUUGAACAAUAUGGUAGUCUCUUUUCUACAGUCAUUUGAUGAAAUGUCCAUUUCUUCCCUUUGGCCAGCCGUGUCCUGAUUCUGAUUGCGUGAGAAUAUCCUCUUGGGGUUGCUCUACGCCGCUGUGCAGAAGCUCAUAAUGGAGCAUGUCCUUUCCCCACUGGAAUGCCUGCUUCCCACUGGAGAUCUGAAGUAUUGCCUCUUGAUCCUGAAUCAGCCUUUGGACAGAAGACCACUUCAUCAUCUAUGGAGCAAAGCCCUUCUAAGAGCAUGUGCCGAUGGAGGUUCCAACCACUUGUAUGAUAUCACUGAAGGCCAGCGGGAGAGCUUCUUACCCGAGUACAUCAGUGGAGAUUUUGGUUCUAUUAGGCCUGAAGUCAAAGAGUAUUACCAAGUCAAGGGAUGUGAGCUUGUUGAAACCCCUGAUCAAAAUGACACCGAUUUUACGAAAUGCCUUCACGUCCUACAGAAGAAGAUAGUAGACAAAGAUCUCCAGGUGGACAUGAUUGUGGCACUGGGUGGCCUGGCAGGACAAGUGGACCAGAUCAUGGCUUCUGUAGAGACCCUUUUUCAUGCAAGUGCCAUCACUCCAGUGCCUGUUAUCAUCAUACAAGCAGAUUCCCUCAUUUGCCUGCUUCAGUCGGGAAAGCACCAACUGCAUGUAGACACGGGAUUGGAAGGGGAGUGGUGUGGCCUUGUUCCUGUUGGACAAUCCUGUAAGCAAGUCACCACAACAGGCCUCAAAUGGAACCUCACCAAGGAUGUCCUCAUGUUCGGAACGCUAGUCAGCACUUCCAAUACCUAUGAUGGCUCUGGAGUUGUGACCGUGGAAACAGAUCAUCCACUCCUCUGGACCAUGGCCAUCAAAAAGGAACCCAGAGAAUGACACUCCAGGCUCCAUCUCUGCCUUCUCUAAUUGGAUGAUGACUGAAAAAACAAAGAAACAUGAAAUCCAUCUGGAAACUGCCAGUAAUAUCAGCCAUGAAAAAAAAAAAAAAGAA